CAGCUAUAAUCGGGGUCCUGCGGCGCCGAGGUCAGGAGGGUGUUUGUUGCGGUGUCUCCUCCAUAUCGUCCUACACCGGUUCCUUCUUCUCGCUUUUAUCUUCAUCCCUCUCCUGUCUCACAAAGUUGACAGCAACACAAUCGACAGCGGUGACAUCCGGCAAAAUGGCAGUUCCUCCAGCAUAUGCAGACCUUGGAAAAUCAGCGAAGGACAUCUUCAAUAAGGGAUAUGGUUUUGGACUGGUUAAGCUUGAUGUGAAGACAAAGUCUUCAAGUGGAGUGGAGUUCAAAACGUCCGGCUCAUCCAACGUAGACACCAGCAAGGUCACUGGAACCCUGGAAACCAAGUACAAGUGGGCUGAGUACGGGCUGACGUUCACAGAGAAGUGGACCACAGAAAACACACUUGGAACAGAAAUUUGCGUAGAGGAUCAGAUCACCAAAGGGCUGAAACUUACUUUUGACACUACAUUCUCACCAAAUACUGGCAAGAAGAGUGGCAAGGUCAAGACUGCUUACAAAAGGGAAUACCUCAAUGCUGGUGUUGACGUAGAUUUAGAUUUUGCUGGUCCUACUAUCCAUGGAGCAGCAGUGGCCGGCUACGAGGGCUGGCUGGCUGGCUACCAGAUGACCUUUGACUCGGCCAAAUCCAAGAUGACCCAGAGCAACUUUGCAGUUGGUUACAAGACCGGGGACUUCCAGCUCCACACCAAUGUAAAUGACGGUUCAGAGUUUGGUGGAUCCAUUUACCAGAAGGUAAACGACAAACUGGAGACCGCUGUAAAUCUCGCCUGGACAGCGGGCAGCAACGGCACUCGCUUUGGAAUUGCUGCCAAAUACCAGUUAGACUCCAGUGCCUCCAUAUCAGCUAAGGUGAAUAAUGCCAGCUUGGUAGGAAUUGGAUACACCCAAACCCUCCGGCCUGGUAUGAAACUACUUCUCUCUGCACUGGUGGAUGGGAAGAACAUCAAUGCUGGUGGUCACAAACUUGGUCUGGGCCUGGAGUUGGAGGCAUGAGGAUCUGCUCCGCCAUUUCAUAAGAAGAAUAGGAAUAUUAGCUGAAUCUGAUCCUGAGCGUUCCUGUCUGGUCAGCAACAGAUAUUUUAAAGAGAUGAAGCCAAAACGAAAAAAAAAGAAGCCCAAUUCUCGAGCACUGUUAAACUUUUCCACCAGCCUCCUUUUCAUUGUGGUCACAAUACGUAGUCAUGUUUCAAUCACAUGUAAUUAUAAAUCAGUGACUCCUUCUGCCAAUGUAUCCUCCAUAGUGAUAGAAAAAUCCCUCCUCUGGGUGCACCAUGUCCAGGAAUGGCUUCAAAAAAGACAAAACCUUAUUUUGCUGAAGUGUGAUAGCGUAGAAUGUAAAUCCGAGCUGUUACUUUUGCACAGUAGAACAUACCUUUAUUUAAGCUCUUUCUCCUGUUUUAUUUGCACAUUUUAUUUGUAUUUUAGUUGUGAUGGUCUGCCUGCUGGAGGUCACUCCAACAACAUAUGCUUAUCAAGAUCAAAGCCAAUGUAUUGGCCAGUGUUCACUUAUCUUUUUAGAGAGGCUUAAUUGUGCUGUGUGAUGAGACCUCCGCUACCUGAAAUACCUGCUAAGUUCCAAGAUAAUGCUAAAUGGAUGUUCCUUUCCUCAGUGUGACUUGAGUGAAAGAAUAUCCGACACUUUUAUUCCCAUUUUUUGAGGACUGUGACACUAAUUUGGAAGCGGUUUGUGUGUUGGCGUGUCUAACCUUUACAAUAAAGUCCUGAAAUCAA